CAGGGCCUCUGGCCGAGCGGCGGCCGAACGGGGCCUCGGGGAGCCAGCUGCGGGCGGGCGGCAGGAGGAAGCGGCCGCGGCGCGUCCCCGGAGGAGCGCGCCAUGGCGGGCGGGCCCCCCAAGGCCCUGCCGUCCACGGGCCCCCACUCCCUACGCGACAUGCCGCACCCGCUGGCUGGCUCCAGCAGCGAAGAGGCCGUGGGUGGCGACAGCACGCCCAGCCCGGACCUGCUGAUGGGCCGCAGCUUCGGUGACAAGGAUCUGAUUUUGCCCAACGGUGGAACUCCCGCAGGCACUUCAAGUCCAGCUUCUUCGUCUUCCCUUCUCAACAGACUUCAACUUGAUGAUGACAUCGAUGGUGAGACCCGAGAUCUCUUUGUCACAGUUGACGAUCCCAAGAAACACGUGUGUACGAUGGAGACCUACAUCACGUAUAGGAUCACCACGAAAAGUACCCGGGUGGAGUUUGACCUGCCAGAAUAUUCUGUUCGUCGAAGAUACCAGGAUUUUGACUGGUUGAGGAACAAAUUGGAAGAAUCCCAGCCCACUCAUCUCAUUCCCCCGCUUCCUGAGAAGUUUGUGGUGAAAGGUGUUGUGGAUCGUUUUUCAGAAGAGUUUGUGGAGACCAGAAGAAAAGCUUUGGAUAAAUUCCUGAAAAGAAUUACGGAUCAUCCUGUGCUCUCCUUCAAUGAGCACUUUAAUGUUUUCCUUACUGCUAAGGACCUGAACAUCUACAAGAAGCAGGGGAUGGCAUUGCUGACCAGAGUGGGUGAGUCGGUCAAGCACGUCACCGGUGGCUACAAGCUGAGGACUCGGCCUCUUGAGUUUGCAGCUAUAGGUGAUUACUUAGACACGUUUGCUCUCAAACUGGGGACCAUUGAUCGAAUAGCCCAGCGGAUCAUCAAAGAAGAAAUAGAGUAUCUUGUGGAGCUGAGAGAAUACGGGCCUGUGUACUCCACAUGGAGCGCGCUGGAGGGUGAGCUGGCUGAACCCCUGGAGGGCGUGUCGGGUUGCAUCGGCAACUGCUCUACAGCCUUGGAAGAGCUGACGGAUGACAUGACUGAAGACUUUCUACCUGUGCUCAGGGAAUACAUUUUAUACUCUGACUCCAUGAAGAGCGUAUUGAAGAAGAGGGACCAAGUCCAAGCGGAGUACGAAGCCAAACUGGAAGCUGUGGCUCUGAGAAAGGAAGAACGCCCCAAGGUGCCAGCAGACGUUGAGAAAUGCCAGGAUCGGAUGGAGUGUUUCAACGCUGACCUGAAGGCUGACAUGGAGAGGUGGCAGAACAACAAGAGGCAGGACUUCCGGCAGCUGCUCAUGGGGAUGGCGGACAAGAACAUCCAAUAUUACGAGAAGUGCCUCAUGGCGUGGGAGUCGAUUAUUCCACUGCUGCAGGAGAAACAAGAGGCCAAGUAAGUUCCUUCUUGGGACAGAGACUCUUCUACCUGCACAGGGCAUGGCCCCCUGUACUGGAAGUCCCUGCAGUACCAGAGAGGCGGUGCUGGGAAAACCACCACAGAAACAUCUCUCGUUUGUAUUUUUUCCUCCCCCCACUUCGCCCCACAGUGGUUUCCAGUUAGUAUUUAUUCUUUGGUGGAUUCCGUGAGGCUGGAAUCAUCUCUCAGCAAAAGCAGAGUAUACGUCCGGGUUGUGAAGGAACCUAUUCAGUGGAGCACUACGGAGAUUUGAAACUGAGGGACAAGAGUCCACAGCCGGCAUCCUGACAUCUCAUGACAAUGUUCUCUUUGGGAACAGCUGAGUUGCCUGUUGCAGGGGAGAACCCAGAUCCUGCUUUUCAAGGCCUCAGAAGGAGGCAGGAGUAGCAGGCAGCUGUUGCUUCCUGUGGAGACGCGGCGGCUCUGGAACUGCCCUCUGUGGGCGUUGACUCGUCUCAGCCUAGAAGGAGGUGUGGGCGCCUCCCUGGGAAGUCCUUAAUGUCCAGUGGCCUAUAGCUGUGAGUGUGGCCUGCUGCCUGCUUGUGACGAGUGAGACCUGUUUACUGUUUGUUUCAUGUAGGGACAUUUGAAUCGGUGUCAAUACGCAUCCAUGCUUCAGGGAGCCAGCCAGCGUCCUUGUCCUUAUGCGAUGCCUUCGGAAGCUGCAGGGGACACUCCCUGAACUUGCUUCUGACACUAGAAUGCAAUAGGUGGGAAACUUUUUGUGUAAAAUGAAACAAAACGGUGCAUUUUUCUCUGUGAAGGUCUUCAGUGUUUUUCUUUAGCUUGUAAAUUGUCAUCAGAGCUGGGAUUAGAUGUGUUAGGGAACACCUACUGUCUCGAAGUCAGAGUAGCUCACUUGUUGUUGUGAUCAGUGGGCUUAUACCAAACCCCACCCCAGCGUCUGCUUUGUGCAAUUUGCCUUUACCUCACCAAAAAGACCUAGUUUAAUGUUUCCUACCAUGUCCACUGAAUGUUUGGGCAAGCUUUUGGUGAGAGGGCUGGAAUGUCGUGCUGUUAUGACACAGUUGAAAUCUGUAAACUCCAUGUGAAUGUUCUACAUAAAGUGCUUUAACCCUUAACAUUUCCUGGUCAGGAAGAGACGUCCGUACCUGGACAGGCCUCAAAGAUGACAAGUGUAACAGCGAACUCUUUGCUUCUAUUAAUAGUUAAGCUAAAAUCUCCUCAGUUUGUAGCCACAUUCUUGGGGACUACUGGCUGUGUUUAGUUAGAGCCUUCAUUUCAAACUAUUGCCAGGUUUACUUUUCAAAUCAUAAAACAGUCAAAAA